CAUGAAUGUAUAAAUCCAUCGAGCAUAACAAAUAAAAAGCAAGCAAGACGAAAUCACUUUCUUAUGUAAUUAAACUCAUUCGUCUUCAAGGAUAGGAAAGAAGAAAAAUCUGAAGCGAAACUCAAUCAGUUAAAUUUUUCCUAAGGGAAUUCGUGCGAGUGAUUUAACAGUCAGCAUCUUAAAGCUCAACCAUGGGCUCGACCAAUUUCAUAACAACUGAGUCUUCAUUCUUGGACGAGGAAAUAAUAUCGGAAUUCUCAAAUAGCAAUUUUUCCUUAUACAACACUUUCGACGACAUUGAUAACAAUUCAGAUUACCGCAUGAACUGCCCAACAGCUGGGCCAAAUAGUCUCGGCCGAUAUAUAUCAAUGGUCUUGUACACUGCUGUUUGUGUCAUUGGACUUUUUGGAAACAGUCUGGUCAUUUAUGUCGUGUUGCGGUUUAGUAAAAUGAAGACAGUGACAAAUUUAUACAUCUUGAAUCUAGCGUUCGCAGAUGAAUUCUUUCUCAUAGGUUUACCAAUUCUAAUUUAUACGAUGCAUUUAAAUGAAUGGAUUUUUGGCGUAUAUUUUUGUAAGCUUUACAUGAUCAGCACAUCUAUCACUCAAUUCACAUCGUCGAUUUUUCUUGUCAUUAUGUCGGCUGAUAGAUUCAUUGCUGUUUGUCAUCCGAUAUCUUCACCACGUUUCCGCACACCGCUCGUUUCAAAAAUUGUGUCACUGAUUGCCUGGUGCAUAUCUGUUUUUCUGAUGCUACCGAUAAUUCUUUACUCGACAACUCUACAAAAAUACGAUGGGAAAAUGUCAUGUAACAUUGUCUGGUCUUCACAGAAUCCUAGCGGAAACAUGACAGCAGAUGAUGAGGGUUUUAUCCAAUAUGAUGGUUCCAUAUUCACUUUGUACACUUUCACUUUAGGCUUUGCCAUACCACUGAGCUUGAUUCUGAUUUUUUAUUACCUGGUAUUGAGAAAGUUGAGAACUGUCGGGCCUAAAACAAAGUCAAAAGAGAAGAAGCGUUCUCAUCGUAAAGUUACCAAGCUUGUUCUUACUGUCAUAGCUGUCUAUGUUCUUUGUUGGACUCCCUAUUGGGUCAGUCAAAUGGCGCUUAUUAAUUCACCACCUGAAUCAUGUCAAUCAAAACUGGAAAUAACGAUGUUCAUUUUGGUUGGAUGUCUCGGAUAUUCCAACUCAGCAAUGAAUCCGAUACUUUAUGCAUUUUUGAGUGACAACUUUAAGAAAUCUUUUAUGAAGGCAUUCACUUGCGCAAAAACAAAGGAAAUCAAUGCACAGCUUCAAGUUGAGAACAGCUUUUUUCCCAGAUUCGGUCGUAGUCGUAAUUCUGAAUGCCUUACAACAAAACCGACGAAACCUACAAACUCAAAUAACAUUUCAAAGCUCACUCAAUCAACUAGAUUCGGAACUACAGUUGAAUCAAUUCUAGAUGCAACAUACAAUAUUAAUGAGAAUGUAAACGAAAACGGUCACAAAAAUGGCCAUCCCCAAAUCUCAGAUGGGACUUUCUUAAACAGUGCCAAUGCAGCUGAGACUGAGAGCUUCAUUGAUGAAGAAAAUGAGCAAGAACUAGAAAAUCAGAACAACGAUAAUUUAAUUUGCAUUAUUAACUCAAACUCCGGCGAUCGACCUCCCGUUCUUCACACCGACCUAUAAGAAAUGCUCUAAUAAACUAUAUUGCAUUAAAACGUUGAACUGGGAACAAUGAUUAAUUAAAUGGCACACCACAUUAAACAGACAUCGUAUAAAUUUAUUUUUCCAUUAUGCUAUCAAAAAACAUGAGGUAGAAAAUUUUCCAAAGAAACAUUAAAACGAAGGAACUUUUAAUACAAGAGAAUCAAUGCAUCUAAUUGGCAUAUCAACAAUAAAUCAGAUAAACAUCUAU